GAGACAAGGGGAUGAGCUAUAUGCUGGGCAGUGACUGGAGUGACAUGUUUGAUGUCAUCAUUACUAGAGCCAGAAAACCACAGUUCUUCAGACCCAAGAGACCAUUCCGAAGUUUUGACAGAACCCUGGGGACACAGUCCUGGGGAAGAGUGACAAGUUUUGAAAAAGGACAAAUAUAUCAGGAGGGCAAUAUGGACGACCUUCAGAAAAUUACUGGCUGGCACGGUGCUAAGAUGCUUUACUUUGGGGAUCAUGUCUACACUGAUUUGGCUGAUGCCACUCUCAGUAUGGGCUGGAGAACUGGUGCAAUUAUCCCAGAAUUAGAGGGAGAGAUAAAAAAUUUCAACUCUGAAGAAUUCACGAAUGCAGUGACGUGGUUGUCUUCACUACAAGACUUGAUAGAGAAAAGUCAGGUGCUCCAUGACAGUCCUGAGGCUGAGGCUGUGCGACAAGAGUGGUUGAAAGAACGUGAUCAACUCCGAGUUGCAACCAAGGAGGUGUUCAACCCACGGUUCGGCAGUCUGUUUCGUACCUACCACAACCCCACCUAUUUCUCCCGACGUCUCUCGCGCUUUGCAGACAUCUACAUGUCCUCCCUCACCAACCUGUUAAACUACAAGUUAACUCACACGUUCUAUCCCCGGAGGGCCGCAUUGCCACAUGAGGUGCACUAUGGAUCGGGACUAGAUGGCUGCUCAAUGUGUAGAUGAGGGGUGAUCUUUACGGUAAUUACUCUAGAAUAUCUAACACCACACUUAUUUGCGAUCGGGACCCCCCUUUUCUCAAAAUGAGUUCAGGCUGAAAGUUGGUUUUAGCUUUGAGGCCAAAAUUAUAGUCUGCAUGGAUCCAUGAAAGAGCAAUGUUUGUCUGUUGAAAUGUCAUUGAAAUGUUGUACCUGUUUUAUACAAAUGAAUAUAAAAGAAAGAAACCGCUGCUUUUAAGCAGUAAUUCACUUAAUUAUAAGUUUUUGAAAUACUGCACAAAUAUUCUGAAUUAAAUAAGUCGAGAUUUAAUUUUUGGUUU